AUGCUCAAUCUGUGGCAACAGCUCGCCGGGGAGCUGGAUACGUUGAGGCACGCAUGCACUCGUUGUGGGAGACGGGACUGGAGGCGCGGGUGGCGCAACGCACUUGAUGCUCAGACUCGGCGCUUCGGUGUAUAUGGGUGCGGUGAGAUCGGCGGUGAAGGUCGGAAGGGUCGCGGUUCCGACGGUGACGGGCUCGGAGAGGGUGAGGGUUGCCGUCGCGGUUGCAGACAGCGACGCCGGGCAGGAGCCGAGGAAGAGCAGGUUGUGGGAGCAUUCGCAGAAUGGUGGGCCCCAGGUUGGGGAGCCCGGGGUGAAGAUGAUGAGGGUGCAUUUUAUGUCGGUUGUGGGUGCUGUUGCUUUUGGGGGAAGGGUGGUGAGGGUUGUGGAGGCUACCUGGUUGGGGCAGUCCGAGUAGGAUUUCUGAGCUUUGCGGUGGUUCCAGGUUUUGUCGGAACAUUAGCAGACGAAGGAGUUGGGGUCGGUGGCGGAGAAGAAACUUGGGUACAGGAGGGUGGGGAUGGCGUGGAUGUUGCUGAUAAGGAGCUGGUUGGUGUUGAAUGUGCUGGCGAGGCGACGACCGGGGUAAUGGGGGUGAUUGGUGCUGCGAAUGUUGGACACCAGUAG